AUGGCCCACACCAAGAAUACCACCAAGAAAUGUACUGGUGGCUCAGUGCCAUGCAUUCUCCUCAAGAUCUCAAGAGUGAAACUCUCUGGAGGGGACUACCAGGAAAUGAAGGCUUCGAGCACCACCAGGGGUGCCUUACCUGUGGGAGGUGGGGACUUAGAGAAGAGAAAUGGUCAGCAUGAGGCUUUGACUGCCACCAGUGAUGACUUAGAAAUGAGAAGUGCCCACAAUAAGUAUUGUAUACUCUGCAAGGAUGGUGCAGAGUGCUAUGAAGACAACACUCUCUUCAUGUGCAUAUGUUGUCAUAUUAAGAUAGAACAAAGUGCCACCUACUUUGGUUUCUAUACCAGUAACAGCCUUCCCUUCUUGGACAAGUUCCUAUCUAUCACUAGUGCACUUGAGGUGUCUGCCAAAGCUGAAAUAUCAGCAGCUCCAGUCAUUUUUAUUCACCUUAUCCUUGUCGACUUUGAAGUGGCUGGUAGCCCUUUUGAGUUUGCUCACAGCUUCCUUAAGCCUUACUACUGUGGCGAUGGCAUCAAAUAUAUUGAGGUUUACUAUGACAGUGGUACUGAUGGUUUGAAGAACUCAUUCAUCUGGGAGCGUGUUGUCAUCAGUAUGAAGAUGAUUCAAAGAGCUAUACUCAUUUCAUGGCUUGCAAGAGGCUGUUGUCUGUCCUGGGACCUUGGCAGCCACUCUGACAUAUUUCUGUUGACCACUAUCAAGGAGGGCAGCCUUAGUAUCUCUAGGUUUGCAUGGGUUAAUGUGGAGGUCUGUCCUUGGGGCAACCCCUUGCCUAUCCAAUGCAGUGGGUAUGGUAGGGUUAAUUCUUGGAGGUCUGCCUAUGUCAAGGACAGCAAGACUUACAUUUUUGAGUGCAAAAAUGACUCUUACAAAAGUGUUUUGGAUGAGCACAAGGUUACCUAUGUUUCUGCCAAAGGAAACACAGCCAAGAGGGCUACAAUCCUCAAAACCAUCAAGAAUACUAUAGUUGAAACUGAUCAGGCCAAGAAUCCUUCUAUUAUACUGCCAGACAAAAACUUUCGGAAGUUCCUGGAGGAUGAUGAAGACCAGGACCUCAAGGAAAAAAUUAUACAGGAAGGUCAUAAACUCCCAUCUGGUCCAGGGAUUGUCACUGUAGACAUGGUCAGAGACUGA